UUGAUAACAAUAACAUUGGUCACGAGGGUUUGUAUUUUUAACUUUGCUCAGUUCAGUCUCUAUCUGGAUCUAUAUACAGGAGUGCUAAGUAUUCAGGAAUACUUUAUUCAUCUGCUAUUGCCGAAUGUAGAUGUGUCAUCGCGGGACUAACUUAAUUGACCGAGGCUUCCGCGUUCACCUGUUGAGCUGUUGAGCUGUUCACCUGCUGAGCUUGAGUUGAAAUACUUUACUACGGUAGCGAAAACGGGUUUAGCAAGAAAGAUGGGGUCGAUUGAUUUCCUAGUCCUACACUGCGUGUUUCUGUCGCUGCUUUUGUUGACUGCUGCUCAGGCAGUAGAAGAACAUUUUGAGCAUGAAGAUGAAAUCUACGGAAUGUUUCAGAACGGAUUUCCGAAUGACGUUACACCACAAACUUAUCCCUCUAACUUCACAUUUGCCUCCUACUAUGGGAAUCACAUGGUUCUACAAAGGGCACCGAAACAGGCAGUCAUCUGGGGGUACUCACCAAACAUCGGAGAGGUCAUCAAGGUCAAGGUGGAAGGUCAGGAGACAGUGUCAGCAACAGUUUACAAGGACAACAUCUAUGGUGUCGGCAUCUGGAAGGUGACCUUGCCCCCUGUGUCCCAGCCAGGACCGUUUACAAUCACAGCUUCAUCAGCCUUGGAGGCAAUCACCCUGACUGAUGUCCUGUUUGGGGAUGUCUGGAUCUGCUCAGGCCAGUCCAAUAUGCAGUUUACUGUCAACAGGAUGUACAAUGGAACAGCUGAAAUAGCUGCAGCAGCCAACUUCACCAACAUCCGACUGUUUAGUGUCACUCUCAAGUACAACCCCAAUGAAACUCUGGACCUUCUUGCUAUAAAUGAAGGAUGGUCCCUACCCAGCAAAAAGAGCCUGGUGGACCACACUGGAUCUGUGUACUUCUCGGCUGUCUGCUGGUUGUAUGGCAGGCUCAUGUACCAGGAAUUCGGAUAUCCAAUUGGAUUGAUUGACACAUCAUAUGGUGGAACACCCAUCGAGGCCUGGUCUUCAAGAGAUGCCUUAGCCCAGUGUGGAAUUCCUGCCAUGGACAUUGUGGAUUCAUACAUAUAUGAGUUUGAGAAGACACUGCCAGGCUACACCAACUCUCACACUCCCACCCAGCUGUGGAACUGCAUGAUCCACCCUCUACUCAACAUGACCAUAUAUGGAGUCAUCUGGUAUCAAGGAGAGAACAAUGCCCUGCCCCACGCCAACACCCACAAGUACAACUGCACCUUCCCUGCCAUGAUCUCAGACUGGAGACUCAAGUUCAACCAGGGCUCACUAGGACAGACUGACAAACUUUUCCCUUUUGGAUUUGUUCAGCUGGGCCCAAAGAAUCCCAACCCUACCUCACGAUCUGGGUUCCCAGAGAUCCGGUGGCACCAGACCGCUGACUAUGGCUAUGUUCCGAAUCCUAAGAUGGAGAAAACAUUCAUGGCUGUUGCCAUGGAUCUGGCUGAUUUUGGAUCUCCGUAUGCAUCGGUCCAUAUUCGAGACAAGCCUGAUGUUGCUAGGAGACUGUACCUCAGUGGACUGCGGGUGGCCUAUGGCAAGGAUGUCCUAGCUGAUGGCCCUCUUCCUAGCACUGUUGUUGAUAACUCAACCCAGCUCAUCUUGACUUACAAGGAAAAACUCAUGUACCGCAAUCUGGAAGGAUUCGAGGUACUGUGCUCUGAGCAGGGAACUAGCAAGACAUUCUGGACCCCCACCCCCAUCCUGUCUGCCCUCUCUACCAGCAUCACAUUGUACUCCCUGGUGUGUGGGGAGGGGCAGACUGUCCUGGGGCUCAGAUACAGCUGGAGGGAGUCCCCCUGUGCCUUCAAGACCUGCACGGUGUACUCGGAGGACAACCCUCUCCUCCCUGGACCUCCCUUCCUGGUGUACCGGAAGAUGACCGGGGUACCUGGGACAGUUCACACUAUAGACUGGAACACUCCGACUACCAUUCACAAUUAAUACAUUAUAGAGGCAGACACACAUAUAGACUUUAUACAGUAUUUCAUUGACUGGAACACUCCGACUGCCAUUCAUUAAAAGACCUUCCUGGUGUACCGGAAGAUGACCGGGGUAGCCGGGACCGUCCACACCAUAGACUGGAACACACCGACUUCCAUUCACAAUUAAUAAAUUAUAGAGGCAGACACACAUAUAGACUUUAUACAGUAUUUCAUAGACUGGAACACUCCGACUGCCAUUCACAAUUACUACAUUACAGAAACAGACACAGAAAUAGACUUAAUACAGUUUUUCAUAGACUGGAACACACCGACUACCAUUCACAAUUAAUAAAUUAUAGAGGCAGACACACAUAUAGACUUUAUACAGUAUUUCAUAGACUGGAACACACCGACUACCAUUCACAAUUAAUACAUUAUAGAGGCAGACACACAUAUAGACUUUAUACUGUAUUUCAUAGACUGGAACACACCGACUACCAUUCACAAUUAAUACAUUACAGAGGCAGACACACAUAUAGACUUUAUACAGUAUUCCAUAGACUGGAACACACCGACUACCAUUCACAAUUAAUACAUUAUAGAGGCAGACACACAUAUAGACUUUAUACAGUAUUUCAUAGACUGGAACACACCGACUACCAUUCACAAUUACUACAUUACAGAGGCAGACACACAUAUAGAUUUUAUACAGUAUUUCAUAGACUGGACCACACCGACUGCCAUUCACAAUUAAUACAUUACAGAUGCAGACACACAUAUAGACUUUAUACAGUAUUCCAUAGACUGGAACACACCGACUACCAUUCACAAUUAAUACAUUAUAGAGGCAGACACACAUAUAGACUUUAUACAGUAUUUCAUAGACUGGAACACACCGACUACCAUUCACAAUUACUACAUUACAGAGGCAGACACACAUAUAGACUUUAUACAGUAUUUCAUAGACUGGAACACACCGACUACCAUUCACAAUUAAUACAUUAUAGAGGCAGACACACAUAUAGACUUUAUACAGUAUUUCAUAGACUGGACCACACCGACUGCCAUUCACAAUUACUACAUUAUAGAGGCAGACACACAUAUAGACUUUAUACAGUAUUUCAUAGACUGGAACACACCGACUGCCAUUCACAAUUAAUACAUUAUAGAGGCAGACACACAUAUAGACUUUAUACAGUAUUCCAUAGACUGGAACACACCGACUGUCAUUCACAAUUAAUACAUUAUAGAGACAGACACUCAUAUAGACUUUAUACAGUAUUUCAUAGACUGGAACACACCGACUACCAUUCACAAUUAAUACAUUAUAGAGGCAGACACACAUAUAGACUUUAUACAGUAUUUCAUAGACUGGAACACACCGACUGUCAUUCACAAUUAAUACAUUAUAGAGGCAGACACACAUAUAGACUUUAUACAGUAUUUCAUAGACUGGAACACACUGACUGCCAUUCACAAUUAAUACAUUAUAGAGGCAGACACACAUAUAGACUUUAUACAGUAUUUCAUAGACUGGAACACACCGACUGCCAUUCACAAUUAAUACAUUACAGAUGCAGACACACAUAUAGACUUUAUACAGUAUUUCAUAGACUGGAACACACCGACUGUCAUUCACAAUUAAUACAUUAUAGAGGCAGACACACAUAUAGACUUUAUACUGUAUUUCAUAGACUGGAACACACCGACUGCCAUUCACAAUUAAUACAUUAUAGAGGCAGACACACAUAUAGACUUUAUACAGUAUUUCAUAGACUGGAACACACACAACUGUUUUUUUAAAUGAAUACAGGCCUCAAAGUUUAAAUUUUUACUUCGUAGCCACAAGUAUUUUUUUCCAGGUAGCCAGUGGUAAAAUUAAGAAGUCAAGCCAAUAGUGUAUGUAGCCAAAGCAUUCAAAAUGAUCUUUUAUCAAAUAGCUAUUAUAUGUACAAGUUAUAGCAUUAGUCUUGGAAUUGUUUAUUGGUGGCAACUGUACUUGAGUUUUGUUUUUUGUGACUCGAACAAUGAUGCAAUUUAUGCUACUAGAUUAUAUAGGUAUAUCCUUGCUUAUCCAAUAAACUAUCAGCUAAAAUAAAAUACUAAUUACAUUAAUAUUUAUGUAUUUCGGUUCAUUGUUGACUUUAGGAGGAAUUAUUUGUGAGUACAAUAAGUAGCAGACACGUUUAUUUUUGUGUUUACAUAUGUGUUGCAAUAGACUUUAGUCGCCACAAGAUUUUUUCAAGGUAGUCAUUUGGCUCCCUCUGAAAUUUAGACAGUAGACAAAUUGAAAUUUAGGUCACAUUAGUGACAGUUUUAGUUGCAACUUUGAGGCCUUGAAUAUGUUAUACCUAUAGUGAUACAUUGAGACUACAGGAAUGUGUCUCUUGCAAGUUUCAAUGAUCCUAGGUUGAUCCUAGAAAUAAUGUGAAUGGCUUAUUUAUCUGUGCUACACGGGCAGUGGCCUGUCACAGAGAAAGAGGUUUGAUCCCCCUCUGGGUACACAAUGUGUGAGUACCUCAAGAGCCACAAGACCCAGUGAAAAGGGUCCAGUUUUUCUUUGCAAAUUACAGGCACUAAUAUGCAACAUUGGUUAAUUUGUAUAUUCACAUGACAAUUAACAUAUCGAUGCAGAAGAAUUGUAUAAUUCAUAUAUUAUUUCAUAACAUCUCUACUUGCAACUCAGGGGUUAUAUUAUUUUUAUACUUGUUACAUAUAUCUCAAUUUUACUUUAAAUAUAUACUGCAAAGGUGAUCCUUAGAAUACUUUGAAAUCCUUCAUGCUGGUGAAAUGGACAUCAAGGUUUGCUGUGAUAUAUUAUUUUAUUGCUGAAUCAUGCAAUCUUCCUCCCAAAAUGAGGAAAUGUGUGCUGAGCAAGUCAUGAGCUGAUGUGAACCAUGCCAGAUUGAUAAAUGGUUGGAACAUUUUAUGUGGAAGAUAUUGGCUAUGCUUGUGAUAUUAUGCAUUUCUGAGCAUGAUGGACACCUUGUCGUGCUCUUCUUAACAUUUGGUGGAAACCUUUUUAUGUAUAAGCGAAUUGUGUAAUUGUAAUAAACAUAGUUUUCUGUGUGCAUCUUUAAAUAUA